UAUUGAAUUAUUCCGUUGCUUGUCUCUCACCAUUUCUACAUAUGAAUAAAUAUAUCUGAAUUUGUAAAAGUUUGAAUUUUGGGAAGAAGGGUUUAAUUCUGUGUUUUUACCAUUUCUAGCCCUCUUUUCUCAAAGCCCCUCUCUCUCUCUCUCUUUAGGAAGAUGGUGAGGCAGAAGAUUCAGAUAAAGAAGAUCGAUAACUUGACAACGAGGCAGGUGACUUUCUCGAAGAGGAGAAGAGGGCUUUUCAAGAAAGCUCAAGAGCUCGCCACUCUCUGCGAUGCUGAGAUUGCUCUCAUUGUUUUCUCGGCCACCGGAAAGCUCUUCGACUACUCCAGCUCUAGCAUUACGCAAAUCAUCCAAAGGCUUAACCUGCAAUCAGAGGAUAGCUAUAGCAAGCGCCUCAACAAUCUGCAGGCGGGAGGCGACAACUAUGAUGCGAUCAUCAAUGAACUCACCCUUGAGCUCAGGCAACUUCAUGGACAAGAGCUCCAAGGGCUCGACGUGAAUGAACUGCAAAGGCUGGAGAGGGUGGUGGAGUCGGCAAUGGGCCGCGUUGGAAAAAAAAAGAAAAACAUGCUUAUGAACGAGAUCAGCAAGCUCAAGACGAGGGAAAUCGAACUGUUGGAAGAAAACGCGAUGCUGAAACAGCAAGUUGAUGAGCAAGGAUGUUCAGUUGAGUCCAUCUCCAAUUCCUAUGGCUUUUCCGAGGACAUGAGCGUCUCCGAUGAUACUGCUCUCAAGCUGGGCUUAUCUAUUUCCGGUGGCGAUUAUUAGAAGUUAUAUAUCCAGAAAAUGUGUACCCUCCACUUGAUACUGCGUUUAGUUACUUCUAUAGCAAACUAAUAAUUAUGAGUUUGGAUGAAAUCAAACUUCUAAGAUUACUUUAAUUUGGCAUGUAAUUUGAUUCUAUGAAUUUGGAUGAAAUAGAAUUUCUAAGAAUACUUUUU